AAGCCAUCCGUAGAAGAAGAGGCUGCCAUAUUGCGGUGAUACAGCGACUUUACCCGAGUGUGGAACAGACACAUUUCGGCGCCCUAUAACACAAUGAUCUCGGCCCAGGCUUUCGCAGACCCUGACAAGAUGAAGGACUACCAUUACACUGGUCCAGUGCAGCAUCGAUUCUCGCCCUACACCUUUAACGGCGGAACUGUACUAGCUGUGGCUGGGGAGGACUUUGCCAUUGUAGCAUCAGACACAAGGCUCAGUGAAGGCUACUCGAUCCACAGCAGGGACUCACCAAAGUGUUACAAACUGACAGACACGACUGUCAUUGGCUGCAGUGGUUUCCAUGGUGACUGCUUGACUUUGACUAAAAUCAUUGAUGCUAGACUAAAGAUGUACAAACACUCAAACAACAAGACGAUGACAAGCGGAGCCAUCGCUGCCAUGUUGUCCACCAUCUUGUAUGGCAAGAGGUUCUUCCCUUACUAUGUUUACAACAUCAUUGGAGGUCUUGAUGAAGAGGGUAAGGGAGCAGUGUACAGCUUCGACCCAGUGGGAUCUUACCAGAGAGACACCUACAAGGCUGGAGGGUCAGCAAGUGCCAUGCUGCAACCACUACUAGACAACCAAAUUGGCUUCAAGAACAUGGAGGGUGUGACACAUGUUGCUCUGAGCCGCGAGAAGGCAAUUCAACUUGUCAAAGAUGUUUUCAUCUCGGCUGCAGAAAGAGAUGUUUACACCGGAGAUGCCCUUAUGAUCUGCAUUGUCACAAAGGAGGGAAUCACUGAGGAGACUAUCGCACUGAGGAAGGACUGAAGAAGAGCUCUAUUAUUGUUCGCUCGUCGUCUUUCCUCUUCUAGCGUUUCUUUUUACAUUCUCACUGAUAGUUUGGUUGCUUGCCUGCAGAUUGCAUAUCACAGGAGUGUUGAUCCACAUCCUUUAAGCUUGAACCAUAUAAUUCACAUUUUGAUACAAAUAUCCAUACAUACUCCCUUCUUUCCUGUUAUCACAACCUUUUUGGAUUUGUGUUCAAGCUACCGGAUACUUGAUCAAUAUGCCUGUUGCUUUAAAUCUGCGCUCCCGGUUUGAAAAUGUUCCAUUUUGAAAGGCAACAUAACUGCUAUUAUUUUUACAUUCUUAAUAAAUGUAAGGAAUUGGGGAAA